AUGUCAAAUUUGGUUAACCACGCGAGGUUUAUAAAGGCCCAAGAGCAUGAAGACAUUAAAUACCUCAAACAAGACCCAAUUGGUGACGUUGUCGCUGAAGCUCUAAGCGAGCUAUAUCUUGCCAAGCCAAAUAACCCUCUCCACUUUCUCGGAAACUGGCUUCUAAACUAUGCCGCUACUCUUAAAAACAAAGACCAAGAAUACACAAGGCUUGAACAAAAAGACUCUCUUAUCCAAAAGCACGAACAAGCUCUACAAGAUGAACGUGACAUAGAAGAAAAAGAAAGAAUUGAAAAAGACUUGAAAAAGUCAAAAGAAGAAGAAUUCGCUGCAUCAAUAAACGGCUCAUGAUUUUUGAUUUUUUAAUAGCAAAAUUUGGGAUUUUUUUUAAAAUUAAUGGCUUUGCUUGAUAAAUAUUCAGUAAAUUGGCCCUUUGCAAUCGUGCAUUAGAUAAAGCCUCAAUAAAAGCUUCAUUAGAUCUUGAUGAUAUUUUGAAGGAUUUUAUAAAUUUCUUAAAAAAAUCAACCAAUGCAACUGCUGUGUAUGCAGGGAUUUUGGAAAAAGUGAAAAGGCCUAUUAAAGAGACUGAUGAAGAGUUGGCACAUAUAGACGAUGAGGCACCACAGCAUAUCAGAUAUAUCGAAGCUUCUGAAGGCUCCGAAUUUAUGGUUGGAAAAACAAUUAAAGAAGAGGAAGGAGAAAUUACUUAUAGCGUUUGGAAGGAGCCGGAAGUUGAAGAUGCAGGAAGUGGAGAUGAGGAAAAUAAAGUAGAAAAACCGCCAAAGCUGUACCAGCUCAAUGCAAAAUUUGUGCCUGAUGUUAUUAGUGAACUUAAAUUGAAGUUCUUUGAUGUUCCAAAGCUUGGCUCUUAUUUUGUGGUGCCUAUGACUUAUAAGAGCUGCUUAUCUGAAGCUAGCUUUGACUUUGCAGUGGAAGAUGCCUUACUCUUAUUAUCUUCUAAUUUUAUUAUUUUUAUAUUCUUUUUGAGGAUUCAUUAGAUAUUUUGAUGAUUAGAGUAAUAAAAUUUAAAGAAAUAUAAAAAAAUUUUGCUAUCCAAGGUUUUUUUAAUUAAAAAAAAUUAUAAACAAUAAAAAUUUAUUAUUUCUUAUAAUGAAGAUUUAGAAUGCAGAAGACAAAGAGCAGACCAAGAGCAAGAAAAAUUAAACUACGAAAACAGAAGCAACAAGGACGAAGAAGAGAAAAUUUUCGAAGAAAUCGUAGAAGCGCCUUAUAAAACCAAUGACAUAAAACUAAUCGUCGGACUCGAUUCAAUGGGCCAAGACAGAGAAUUUACAGAAGAAGAUAGAAAAAAAUGUGUCGAUUGAAUCGUCUUCUUUACAAAUGAAUGGGAAAGAGCAGAAAACCAAUCCCUAAAAAAAGAUAUAACUGCCUAUCUCUCUGUUUAUGACCACAACAAAGAAGUCUACAACGAAAAACAGCUUGAUUGAAGCGAAGAAGAAAGACUUGCUGCUGAAGAAGCUGUCAAAACCCUCGAUGUAAACGCCCACGACGAUUUAAAACACCUCGCAGAAUCCAAAGCUCUCCUUGAAAUCCUCCGAAAGCGUGUGCUAGACCCUUCAAUGCUCAGAGAAAUCUACAGCUUUAAAGACUUCAAAGUCAUAAAAUUCGCCAGGGUUUUCCAACUUGUCUUCUACUACUUCGGAAUUGACAGAGAAAAGCUCGUCACCCCUGGCACAAACCAGCUAAACUGGAAAAAUUCCAAAAAAUACCUCAACGACCAUUUCGAAAACUGCCUCAAAACAGUCAACCCUUCUGGGCCAAAAAACGAAAAACCUCCAGCCUACGCUAGAACUUUAAAACUAGACAAAGACGUAAAGUCAGUCAAUUCUGAGCUUCUACGCAAAUACUCCUUAUCACUUUUCUUGCUUUUCAGGUUUUUAGAACUGUGUCUACGAGUCAGGAUUCUUGACGUGACCUGCAGAAGAAGACAAUAUCUUAUGAAAAAAGAAGAAAGGGAGCUUGCCAUCAAAACUUUUGAAGAUUUAGCCAAUAAGAAACAGCAAGCUUUAGAAGAAGCUAGGGAUAAGUUUAAUAAAGAGCAAGACCUGCUUGACGAAUUUGCAGAAAGGGCUGUUUUUGAUGAUAACAAGUUUCUGCAGGAGUUUGACGAGAUUGAAAGCAAUAGGCCAAUUGAAAUCCCGCCUGAGGUGUUCCCUGAUGAAGAUGGAGACCUGGAGUGGGAAGAAACGAAUCCAUAA